AUGCUACCAAACUCCUAGACUGGUUUGUUGGGUUUAUGUUUUGGUCCCUAGAUGGCCGCUGCCGCAGGACGUCGCGACAACGACGACGAUGGGAGGAACGACAUUCAAGAACUGACACGGGUUAUCCGGCAGUCGCAGCGAGAGCCCUACCCUAAGAUUGAUGUUCCGUUGUUCGACGGGAAUCAUGCCUCUUGUUGGGCAGACAAGUUCGAGCAAUUGGGAUAUAGCAACGAAUGGACAGAUGAGAAGAUGCUUCGCAUGGUAAAAAGGUACUGCCAGUUGUUGAAGAAGUAUCAGCUCAGCGACUGGUUGCUCGACCUGCAGGAUUUGAGGGCGGUGGAUCGUAAAAAGUUUGGUACAACCAAACAAUUAUUGUCGGAGUUUGAGCGUGUGGCUCGCCUAAUCCCGGAUUUGUCCGACAAAGAUCGUUGCCUCAUCUUCCUUAAUAACUUCAAUGACGUCGAACAGUCGAAGUUGGUUGAAGGGAUGCAAGGGACGUAUGACUGGACUAAGGUCCGGCAGAAUGCGCUAGUGGGGAAGUUCGAUGAUAUUCUCUACCAGCUGUUGAGGCAGCAAAAGGAGGAGCGGGAAAAGGUGAAGCUGGGAGAAGUAAAGGACGGUGAAAUUUACAAAACUUUGACUUGCAUGAGAGAAAUGAUGGAGGACAUGAAGGAGGAAAGGCUGAAGCUUCAAGUCAUGUUGGCCAAAAAGAAAAAUAGUAAGAGGAAGGGGAAAGAGUCAGCGGAAGAAGAAAGUGACAUUGAGAGCGAGGAAGAAAAGGAGCCGCCUCGCAAGUUGACAAAGGCGGAGAGGAAGGUCUUGAAUCAAAUUCAAGGCAGACAGGGGACUUCUGGUAAACAGGGGAAGAACGGUGGACAAAAUAAUCAAGGAGGGAGUGGCAAUGCUGACACUGGUUCGUCAGGACAAAGUUCCCAAGAUCAAGGGCAGUUUCAGCCGCAGGGUGGAAGAGGCCGCGGUCGAGGCCGUGGAAACGGACAGCGAAGCCGUUGGGCGUGGCAGCAGGAAGCCACAUGUAACUAUUGCGCAGAAAAGGACCAUAUUAUGCGGUUUUGCCAACUCCUUUCAAAAGAUGAGAAGGAAGGGAUAGUCUUCACCACUAUACGUGGUGAAAUCUUUGAUUACGAAGGGAAGUCGAUCUAACCCAACAUUGAAGGGGGUAUGACGAAGGAGGCGUAUCGCCGAAUGGGUCGUCCGCUACCGGCAACGUUCCGGAUUGCUUCUCCUG